AUGGACGAUGUCUAUCAGAUAGGGAUUGAUGAUAUAAAGGAUACAGGUUCACUGGAAGAUUGCUUAAUCCGCAGUGACUCUUUCACAUCUUCACCAAGUAUGGACAAUAUUCGAAAACUUCUCAAACUCAUCGAAGUCAAAAACGACGGAGAUGACAAUAAUCAAGAUGAGGGAGGUCUGAAAGGCCUCAAUGCCGACACUCGCCCCCUGGAGCCCUCCCGACGAACCUUCGGUCCGUGGGAGUUUGUGACCCUAUGGGUCAUUACAGGCUCCUUCAACAUCGGAGGCUGGACAACAGGAUCCUCAUUGAUUGCAUAUGGCCUAAACGUCUGGCAAGCCAUGUUGACAGUCAUUAUCGGCAAUGUCAUUGUCGGUUGCCUGUGUGUCAUGACUGGCGCACCAGGAGCAAAAUGGCAUAUCGGAUUUCCCAUCAUCCAGCGAGCUCCCUGGGGGGUUAAUGGGUUUGUCUUUGUUGUUAUUCAGCGCGUGUUUCUGGCAUGUAUCUGGUUCUCGACGCAGGUAUUCUGGGGUGGACAAUGUGUCAAACUUGUAUUGACAGCUAUUUGGCCCUCUUUCGCCAGGGUGAACAGACCUUUGGCUAAUGGAACCAUGACAACUGGGGACUUUACGUCGUUUAUUAUUUUUACGGCGUUAUAUUACCCUUUCAUCUGGAUUAAGCCGGAAAAAUACAAACUUCCCUUCCUCAUUUCAUGUGUGACGGUCAUUCCGACUAUCGUCGUGACAUGGAUCUGGUUCAUGGCCAAGGCUCACGGAGUUGGUACUCUGGUGACCGAUGUUAGUUCGGUUUCUGGCGUGACUCAAGCUACUAGAAGUCAUUUGGGAUGGAUGAUGGUACUCGGUAUAUGCACCAACAUCAAUUCUAUGAGUGUUCACGUCUACGUCCAAUCGGACUAUACCCGAUACGCCCGCAAACCCAAAGAUCAGAUCCUCGCACAGCUCAUAAUGGUGCCCAUGGGGACCAUAGUCGUCGCUCUAAUCGGAAUUAUAUGCACAUCUUGUGCAGCUCAAAUAUUCCCCGAACAACACGGAACGCUUCUCUGGGCACCAUACGAACUCUUCGCUGCUCUCCAAGCCCAUUAUGAAAACUCAUCCUGUUCACGUGCCGCAGUCGCUUUUUGUGGCUUGUCGUUCAUGAUUGCUCAAUUCGGUAUGGUCGUAGCCAACAACGGUGUUGCGGCUGGUCUCGAUCUGUCGGGGCUUUUCCCUCGGUAUUUCACCAUCAGACGCGGAAUGAUCUUGAUGUCCAUUCUAUCGUUCAUCGUGCAACCAUGGACAUUGCUAAACGGCGCCAGUAAAUUCCUAUCCGUCCUCGGCGGUUACGGUGUACUCAUCGGCCCUAUGACCGGGGUAAUGUUUAGCGACUAUUUCAUCGUUCGCAGGCAAAUCCUCAAACUAAGUGAUUUGUACAACUACAACUCGCACGGAAAUGGUAUAUACUGGUAUCAAAAGGGAUACAACUGGCGCGCCUUCAUUGCCUGGAUGAUGGGUGUCUGGGUCACUCUUCCAGGAUUCGUGCGAAUGGUCCAAAAUAGCUCAAGUGAUCCAUGGGCUGGAUGGUCGAAUCUGUAUGAUUUGUCGUAUAUAUUGGGUUGUUCCUUGAGUUGUGGGACGUAUUAUGUGCUCCAUAAGGUUUUUCCGAUUCAGGGGCUAGGUGUUGAAGAUAACGAGGAUUAUUUUGGAACUUUUGUUCGUGCAAGAGUUAUUGAUGGUGUUGAUUCUGUUGAGGAGAAGAGUGUGCCGGAGAUAGAGGAGAAGGUUAAAUCUGUUGCGUAG